AUGAUAAUAGGAACAGCGGCGUGCAGAGGCGGAAAAACGGCGUGGAAACUAGCAGGGGAGAAUGAGCAUGUGAAAAACGGAAUUGGGAUCAAUCCUCGUACUGGAGAGAAUAUUGGUACCGUGUUGUUUGAGGAUGAUGGAUCUGUGAGAGAAGCUGUUGUGGGGAUGAACAGGAAGAAGAUUGGCGGUCACCGUAUCACCGUUAAAGAGUCUCGGUUUCCUGGCUUACCCCGCUGCUGCGGUGACGGUCUUCAAAUCGAUCCGAUGGCUUCUUCUUCUUCGUUUUUUGGACGACUUGGAUGUGUCGUCCAUGGUUUGGCGUUGGCCACGACCGAUGAAUCCCUCCGACGCGCCUUUUCUAAGUUUGGAGAAAUCGUCAGUUUGACGAUUGCGAUCAAUUCUCGUACAGGAGAGAAUACUGGUGCCGUCGUGUUUGACAAUGAGACAUCGGCGAGAGAAGCUAUCGAGGAGAUGAACGGGAAGAAGAUUGGCCGUCGCCUUAUCACUGUUAAAGGGUCUCGGUUUCCUAGCUUUCCCUUCAGCGGCGACGGUAUUCAAAUCGAUCCCAUGGCUUCUUCUUCUGCUUAUUUAGGACGACUUGGAUGUCUCGUCUAUGGUUUGGCGUUGGGCACAACCGAUGAGUCCCUUCGACGUGCCUUUUCUAAGUUUGGAGAAAUCGUCAGUUUGACGAUUGUGAUCAAUCCUCGUACCGGAGAGAAUACUGGUGCCGUCGUGUUUGACAAUGAGACAUCGGCAAGAGAAGCUAUCGAGGAGAUGAACGGGAAGAAGAUUGGCCGUCACCCUAUCACCGUUAAAGGGUCUCGGUUUCCUGGCUUUCCCUCGGUUUCCUGGCUUUCCCUGCAGCAGUGACGGUCUUCAAAGAAAUCCCAUGGCUUCUUCUGCUGAUUCUGGACC